AUGGAACACUCAAGGGCAUCCUACGGCGGCCGUAGAGGCAUGAGCAUGGGCAACAUCAUCGGUGACCCCUUUGCUCUGGCCACCACCUCUAUUGCCGCCCUGGCCUGGGUUAUUGGCUUCAUCAGCUGCAUAAUUGGCCAGAUCCAGUCCGCCAAGACGAAAGACUUCCCGACCUUCUCGUGGUGGAGCAUCAUCUACAUGUUCUUUGUCAUUGUUGGCGUCAUCUGCGUCGUUGCUGCCGAUGCGGCCCAGAACUACCAUAUUGCGCUGGUGGGAUAUCUCGCUGCCGGUCUGCUACUCACCUCCUCCUCGGUCAAUGCUCUGGUGUACUCGAGUAGCGCGGCUCGUGAGGCAGCGGCUGCUGGGUUUAUUCUGCUAUCGAUGGUCAACAUCGUCUGGAUCUUCUACUUCGGCUCUGCUCCCGCGGCAACUCCCCGCGCCUACCUUGACUCAUUUGCCCUGACCAAGGAAUCCACCACCAACCGUCAGACCAUGAACGGUGGCUACGGCGGCCGCCCUGAGACCUCGGUCUCCACCGCUCCACCACAGAUGUACACGUCGGCCCAGCUCAAUGGCUUCGAGAACCCCUCGCCUGUUGCUGGCUUCUCUGCCAAUGCCGCUCGCAACUCGCCUGUGCCGCCAAGCAACCCCAUCGGUGGCGCACCCCAGAAGGAAACCGAGAUCGCCCAGCCGACCGAGUAUCCGUACCGCGCCAAGGCCAUCUACAGCUACGAGGCCAACCCUGACGAUGCCAAUGAGAUCUCCUUCUCGAAACACGAGAUUCUGGAGGUCAGCGACGUCAGCGGAAGGUGGUGGCAGGCACGGAAAGAGAGCGGCGAGACAGGCAUCGCUCCCAGCAACUACCUCAUUCUGUUAUAA